UACAUCCCACCUGCGCUGAAUAGUGUACACAGACAAGAUGGCAGCUUCACUGGAAGACGAGUUUGAAGACGCGCCUGAUGUCGAGCCGUUAGAACCAACCCUGAAGAAUAUCAUCGAACAGAAAUCUUUGAAAUGGAUAUUUGUGGGGGGGAAGGGCGGUGUUGGUAAAACGACAUGCAGUUGCAGUUUGGCUGUCCAGCUCGCUUCCGUCAGGGAGAGUGUCCUCAUCAUUUCCACCGAUCCUGCUCAUAACAUCUCGGAUGCUUUUGACCAGAAGUUCUCCAAGGUGCCGACUAAGGUCAAGGGUUAUGAGAACCUCUUUGCGAUGGAGAUUGACCCAAGCCUGGGUGUGGCAGAGCUGCCCGAUGAGUUCUUUGAAGAGGACAACAUGCUCAGCAUGGGAAAGAAGAUGAUGCAGGAGGCCAUGAGCGCCUUCCCUGGCAUCGACGAGGCCAUGAGCUAUGCGGAGGUCAUGAGGCUAGUGAAAGGAAUGAACUUCUCAGUGGUGGUGUUUGACACUGCCCCUACUGGUCACACACUGCGGCUGCUCAACUUUCCAACGAUCGUGGAGCGUGGUCUGGGUCGGCUCAUGCAGAUAAAGAAUCAGAUCAGCCCUUUCAUUUCUCAGAUGUGUAACAUGCUGGGCCUGGGUGACAUGAACGCAGACCAGCUGGCAUCUAAGCUGGAGGAGACUCUGCCGGUCAUCCGCUCAGUCAGUGAGCAGUUCAAAGAUCCCGAACAGACCACCUUUAUCUGUGUUUGUAUCGCCGAGUUCCUCUCUCUGUAUGAGACGGAGCGCCUCAUCCAGGAGCUUGCAAAGUGCCGCAUCGACACGCACAACAUCAUCGUCAACCAACUUGUUUUCCCUGAAUCAGAGAGGCCGUGCAAAAUGUGUGAAGCCCGCCACAAAAUCCAGUCCAAAUAUUUAGAUCAGAUGGAGGACCUCUAUGAAGACUUCCACAUAGUCAAGCUACCGCUGCUGCCCCAUGAGGUUCGGGGGGCUGACAAGGUCAACACGUUCUCUAAGCAACUUCUGGAACCCUACAAACCCCCAAACAAAUGAACACCCUCCCUGCAGGACCUCCGUUCUCCCUCCUCCAGACUACACUUUAACAGUUUGAACUCGCCUCCUCUGAGCCCCCCACACACACACACACACACACACACACACACACACACACACACACACACACACACACACACAACAAAGCCUCAAACAAACCCUGCAGGUUUGCUUUCAGAUGGUUUGUGUUUAUGCUUUUUCUUAUUCCACGUAGUUGUCGCUAUUCUCCAGUUUGACUUUUGCCCAAAAGUUGAUUCAAAUGUAUUUCUCACAAAUCCGGAACUUGCAUUAAAAUGUCUAUAGCCAGCGUUUGAUCGCUGAGCUAAUUUAAAAAAAAUCUGGAAAGAUCAUCGCAGUCCGUAGUGUGUAUUUUACCGGUUGGCAAAUCAAUAGUUCUCACGUUAUGAGCCUGGUGUUAUGCAGUAACCUAAUGUCAAUGAGAUUUUGAAUCAAGUUAAGAGUUAUACAUAAUAUAUAUCAUUGUUUGAACUGGACAGUCUUAACGGCUCAUGUUAAAUAUUCAAGCCGCUGCAGCUGCCUCAGGGUUUUUGUUGGAGACACUGGUUUGGGGAGAUAGAAAGGCAAACAUGUGAGCGCAGCAGGAAGACAAGUUUGUGACAGCUCUAGUUUCACAAACAAAUACUCAAACAUUUUGUUUGCAGACAAUUAAAUGGACAAACUAUUCAAAUACA